UCUGUAACCACACCGUUUGCCAGCAGUGUACCAGCGACGUGUAAUACGGACAGUAAGUUGUUAUACGAGACUGUACUCGUUAUUGUUGUUGUUGUGGCUGUUAUCAUCGCCAUCGUCGUUAUCGUUGUUUAAAAAAUUAUUAUUUCGUUAGAGUAUAUUAUAAUAUUGUAUUAUACGCGCGGUGCGUCGGCGCGUGUACCGCCGUAUAAAAUUGCCGCGGGCGGUAUUUAUUUUAAUAACUCUCCCGCCGAAUCGCGUGUCAGUCGAUGAGAAAAAUGUGACGACCCGUCGCUCGUAUACCGACUCAAGAAGACCGCGGCAGAUAAAUAACCCUUUCACGAACUUGAAAGCUUCGAGCACCGUUACCAACCAUACCUGACAGAGUGGACGAUUGCGCGCGAAGACCGGCGGUUAUCGUACGCCGCGCAGUCCUACUGCAGCUGCUGCCAGCACUCUGGCGUGUGUGCCCAUUCGUAUUUUUAAUGAUAGCCAAUGUACAGGCAGUUGACAUGGCUGAUAUGUAUGGAAAAAAAAUUGACGAAUGGACGUGGAGCAAAUUGGACAGCUGAAUGACACCGACUGAGGUUUUGUGUGCGAGGCUGGCGAAGAAGCGUCGGGAAACAUCAUGUGGUUUGGCGUAAAAUGGCUGAUCCAAACAAGAGUAAAGCGCUGUAUUCGUCCUUGGUGGCAUUCCUAGGGUUCGCCUGUUUUGCAUUAGCCGCCACGGCUAUUGGAUUGCCAUUAUGGGGUUACUACGAAAAUCCUCAAGCCGAAAUCGGGACUUCAGGAAUCGAUCGUGGUUAUUUUGGACCAUGGCAAAUGUGCAAACAAUCGUACUACGGACGAACGAAAUGUGGAGACUCGAUAUCCAGGUUUCAUCCAGUGGAAACGGUGAAGAUAGCCGGAUAUUUUGCCAUAGCUGAUACAUUGAGCCUGGCCGUGUUUUGUAUCCUAAGCAUAGUACAAUUGGCCAUGGUGGUAUCGAAGGAAAAAGUCGUGGUCGCCUAUAGUAAAACCGUGGUUACCAAAUUGGUGUUUGCAUUCGCAGCAACUCUGCUAGCAAUCAUCGCAGCCGGGUUAUUCGCUCUUCAAACCGACGACAAAGACAACAGCUACCAAGUGACCAGAGGGGAAUCGUUUUAUAUGCAGAUUGGCUUGAUAAUAUUGAACUUUUUGCUAUUCGUGGCUGCAAUAUAUGAUUUAAUAUUUUCCCGUCGCUUGGGCGGUGACCCCACCAUCAGUCACCGUGAUCCAUCUGGGGUCGAAGCUACCACAUUCAAUAAUCCUGCCUUUAAGGAGAAGAGGUCAAUGAAUCCAAGAGGAGGAGGCGGAGUUGGAGUCGGCAGCAGUAGUAAAAUAUCGGUGACGGACGCUAGCGGAAAGCCGUACUUGAGUGGCACGACUAACGGCAGUACAAUGUCGAUGACUACCACACUCAGCUCAAAUGGUUCGUCGAUAACACCAGUGAUCCGCAGCCCGUUGAGGUCCAGUCUGAAGAAGCCACGGUCAGCCAAUGGAAACGGGACCGGAGGAGGCGCUGGCGGUCUGGGUAUCCAGAAUCCCGGUUUCAGCGGCACGUCGCCCACUCUGUCGAGGAACGGGAGUGUGAAAAAAGUUCGCAUACAGACCCAGAGUACGGCAGUGUAAAGCUAGGAGAAAGCGACUUGCAUCGACUUGACGAAAUAAUAUUAUAAUUUAGACUAAAAUUGGAAGGAAAAAAUAUUCUGGCGCGGAAUUUCGUGGUAAAAUUUGUAUACAACGUUCAUAAAAUCGUUAUCAUACAGGAUACUCGAGGGUUAGUUUAGGCUUUCGGUGGCCAUACUUGCAUCAUAGCAAUCUCUAUAUAAUUAUAUUAUAAUGUUGUACAUGUAUACGUAUCGUGAUUAAAUUGUAUGUACAGUACAAUACGUACUAUUCACUAAUAUCAUAACGACGAGGCAACAUUGUUAACAGUUGAAUUGUAGAGCCUAUUAAUAUUGUUUAAAACGUUGUUUAUAAAGACAAAAUAGAUUAUAUUACAACGAGCGUCUAACUGACGCGCGCGCACACACUAUUAAUAUUAUUAUUUUAGUUGUGAUAGGUAGGUACGUCAUAUUUUACGCGCACCUGUUUCAUCAUCAUUAUUAUUAUUGUUAUUAUUUUUUUUUCGCUUCGUUGGUCGUAUAUUAUAGUUGUUAUUCAAUCAAAAUUUUUAAUUAUUUGUACGCGUAUAAUAUAUAUUUUAAUACAUGGUAUUGUGCCAAUUUUGGUCCAACGAACGUGAACUGUAGUUUUAGUAUAAUAUCAUAUCAAAUAUAAUACCGAACUAUUUGUUGGUAACGUUUUUUUUUUCACUUAUCCUCCCAAAGCACUGGCUAUAUUAUAAUUCGAUACAUUUUGUUAUCCGUAUUGACGGUUGUUCUUGUUGACUUAUUUAUUCUUCGUUUUAAUUUCCAUAAUAUUCGCUUGCCCAUAUCGUAAUAAAUCUGUUUUCAGCAACAAGAAUUAUAACACUUUAUACGUGUUAAUUUUUGUUUUCUAAAUCGUUAUUAUAAAAUGCAAAUGUAAUACUUAAGGUAUAUUUUGUUUGACUAAAAACUCCAGUUCGCAGUAUAAUGAAUAUUGUCGAAAAAUUUAAAUAUAAUAUUUUUAAGAUAUUGUUUGUUAAUAAUAUUUUAAUAUAGGAAAUCGUUAAAUUCAUUAUAUUUAGUGUGCCAUCCGAAUAACUCGUUUAAAAAUACUUGUUUGUACUCGGGAUUUGUUUAUUUCGUGAAUGUAUACACAAAAGCAAAUUGCACAUAAUAAUAUAAUUAAUAAUAUAAUACGUAUUAAAUUAUAGCAUAUGUAUAAAUAUUGUUUAAUAGUAACAAUAAUAAUAAUAAAAAAAUAAUGUAAUAUAUCACAUAUCAUUUCUCUUAUCGAGUAUAAUAAUUCAAAAGCAUCCUAGUAUUGGUUUAAUUGUAUCUUGUUCAUGUCGUGAUUCAGUAGGCAAUCAGAUUCAGAUAGUGCAUCAAUAAUAAUUCAUCAUAAUUUAAAUAAAAAUACAUAGAUCUCGCGUAGUGAAGUAUUUUUUUUUUUGUU